AUGAGUGCUACGUCCUCUACUAGAACGCAAGAUCUUCCACCGAAAGGAGGCUAUGCCCCUUUCCAAACCGAAAGGACUAAAUUACGUAGCGUUUUAAAUGCAAAAAAGACGUUUGGGCUUCUCGUAGCUAGCACCUUAUUUGGGAUGUAUGGCUAUGGCAUGACUUAUAAGAAGAUUAAAAAAGAAGAAAUCGAAAUGAGGAGUGCACAUUUUGCUAUAUGGCCACUGUUGCUAGCAGAGCGUGACAGAUCUGUUUUAAAGACAAUGAGACGUAAUCGAGAGUAUGAGGCAGAGUUGAUGAAGGAUGUCGAGAGAUGGGAAGUUGGUACAUACUAUGGAGAGCCAAUAUACUUUUUGGAUGGUGAAAAUCAAUACAGGGAUCCCUUGUUUGGUGAACAUUUUGCACACACUGAUCCUAAUAUAUUCGCGGAACGUGUUGUUCGUCACUUGUUUACAUAAAAAUAUCAGUUUUUAGUAUUUAUGCAGUGGUUGUGGCUAUAUGCUAUAAGCUAUAUAGUUAUGGCUCAAAAGACCUGUACAUGUAGUCUAUUAACAAUAAUAAGAAUGUGUAAUUAUGAUUUUUAAAUCUCUGUGAGUAAUAGAUCUACAAAAUGGGUCUAUAGAGGAAAAUAAAAUUAUAUAAGAGUCACUUCUAAUAAUA